CGAAACAAAAAAGGUUCAUCGGUGCCUUUCCAACUUCGUAACGCUCUGUAAACGUUCCUGGGCUUUUGUGUCUAUCCAAUGUCUUUCUCUUAGAACAAUCUCUACAGGUCCAACGAAAAAUUUAAAGAUCUUUCGUUUCGACUUGCAGUUUGAGCGUUUUUAUUACCUUAAGCCUAUAUUCUGAGCUGAAAUAUAAAGCCAAGUAUCGUCGUCUAAGUUUCCAUUGUUACUGUUUCGCUUCACGGCAACGCUAUGUGUUCAUCGCGAUCACUCUUAAUCCUUGGAAUAUUCUUCGUUGUGAAUUGUCGUAAUGUUCAUGCUGAUGUCAAUGAUACGAUAUGGAAAGGUUUUUCAGUGAUGUGUAUGAGCGAUGAAAACAACGAAAUCAUGAAUCUCUCAGUAUCUUGUCAUGGAGUUAAAUUAGUGAGAAAGAUUGUUCAGAAAUUUCUAGAAGAAUUUAAAAAGAAGAGAAAUUUGGAAAUACUAGACGGAGUUAGUUUGGUAAAGAGCGAUAUUGAAGAUGUGUCUUCUCGAAAUGGUAGAGCAUUAAAUAGAUUUGGUCAAAUUGGAUCGAUGGUGAAACUUUUAGAAAAUAGGGAACUGAGAAUUAAGCUGCCAAGUCUGUUACCAGAGAAUUUCGAGUCAGCAAUUGAAGAAAGUUUACCAUCUACUGAACAAGGAAGAAAGAGUUCAGGAGGAUUCGGCGGAGGGAAAAAAGGUGACGGUGGAGUCAUGAUGAUGGCUUUAAUGAUGGGUAAAAUGAUGGCAGCGAUGGGUUUUGGAGCUCUUGCCCUUUUGGCUAUGAAAGCUCUCAUGGUAUCUUCUCUUGCUCUUAUGCUCUCACUAAUUAUUGCUGCCAAAAAGCUUGCCAGCGGUAAAGAAGAGGAUAGUCAUCAUGUUGUUUAUGCUCAGGAAAUUAGUUCAUCUCAUCAUCGACGACGGAGGAGUCCAGAUAACAUCUUUGAUGAUUUCAAAAUGCAGCCAUAUCAAGGAUAUAUGAUUGUACCGACCGAGCUUCAAAAGUUACGAUCAUGAAGUAAACAUGCAUUCGUGUGCUUUCUGUUUUACCGUCGGUCGCAUCUUUAUUAUUUUAUAUGACCGACUUACGCAAUAUUAUUUGUAUAGAGCGACAAACGCUAUAUGAUCUAUAGAAGAAAAUACUCUUAAAUAAUUAUGAGGCGUAAGAACUUUAUUUUCAUAAAGUCGAAAGGAAGUCACGAUCUGCA